GAUUGAUUAACAAACGUAGAAUCCAUCCUACCAUUCCUUCCUAGGUUAGCGCAUGUGAAUGUGAAUGUGGAGGAGUACAUUUACAUUUAUCUUGAAAAUGCCAUACAACCAUUGGAACUCUUGAUGUUUUCGGCAUCACCUUUAACCGGGAAAAUUGUACGUACGUAAUUGGUAAAUUUUACUACCACAUGGAAUUGGAAGGGAAGAAUCUGAGGGUGGUCCUGCUCCCUCACUAUUCUCUUUUUUAAUGGAUUGGAUACCUGCAUGUGUUGAUAAGGGUAAACAGUAGCAGUACAAUCAAAUUCCAACUCCUUAAUUUAUUAAUUUGAUGAAGAGCCGAAGAGGUGCUGCUGCUGUAGUCCUGUUGUCCUCAUUUCUUCCACUUCCUACAAUAUAUCACUGCCUCUCUCUCUCUCUCUCUCUCUCUAUCUAUCUAUCUAUCCUCAUUUGUUCCACCACUUCUUCAGCCUAAUUAAGAGAGUCCUUGAUGAUGAAGCAACAAAUAAUGAGCUAGCAUCUUCUUUGCCUACUCUUUCUUUUUAUCUCUGUCAGUCUCACCCUCUCUUCAAAAGUUGAAAUGCAGAUUCCCAUACCAAUAAUUAUCCAUCCAUCAACAACAACUCCUCUCCAUCAUCACUUUUUUUAAUACUACUACAGCUUACUAAAUAAAAGAUGAAAGGAAUUGAUAUAUUCUGCGCAUCCCAUGCUGCAACUUCCAUUUCCUGCCUGAGCAUGGACGAUCCCUCCUCCUCAUCCACAAUUCAUCUCGGCGGCAGCGGCCGAGCAAUCGAUCGUUAUAAUCCAAUCAUCAGAGAUCCUAGAAGAUUUGGCGGCGGCGGCGGCGGCGGCGGCAGCAGCAGCAGAACUCUCCCUCAUGUCCCUUCUUGCUCUUCUCAGACGCCCAUCAACCCUAAGCCCUCAUCCCAUUCCCACCAACAAACUCCUUACCCUCAUCAUCAAAACAAGAAUGGUACUCUGAGUGCCAUGAGCAGCUCCUCAAAGCCAAGAAACGAAAAAUCCCACGGCAAGAGCACUAAUACAAAGAAGAAGUUCAAGAUGAACAACAGCAACAGAAGCAGCUCCGCAGCUAUAAAGCCGCCAUCUCCAAAUGAUGAGGAAAAGAAAAAGAGCAGCGGCUCCAUCAAACCUGCUUCUUCUGUCCACGAGCCCAGUGAUUUCCGUAGUAGUACUAGUAGUAGUAGUAGUUUUGGAAAUCGGAAAAGCUGGAGUUGCAGUUCCACUAAGGCUCCAGCAGGUGACUUUAUCAGCCCACCUGGCUCCUCCCGGUACUUGUUGAGUGAUCAGGCUUCUUUCUUCAACCUCAUUACGGAAGAUUUUGAUCCUCUCAACAAAUUGCUGCCCCCAGUGGUGGAAGCGGAACCUCCCGUUAAUCAUUCCAAGCCCAGUAAUAGUGAUGAUAAUAAUAGCAAGGCCCUGCAAAAAGAUGACCAAUCCAAGUCUCGCUCCCCGGACCAGGUGGUAGUUCUUAGAGUUUCGCUGCAUUGCAGAGGAUGCGAGAGAAAAAUGAGGAAACAUAUCUCCAGAAUGGAAGGAAUUUGGUGGCUGUUGUAACAGGGGUGUCGUCUUUCAACAUAGACUUCGCGGCAAAAAAGGUGACGGUGGUCGGAAACGUGACGCCAUUGGAAGUCCUGGCUAGUAUAUCAAAGGUGAAAAAUGCUCAAUUAUGGACCCCUGCAGCUGCAGCUGCAACUGCUGUGCCGCCUUUUAGUCACACUAACUCGUCGGAGAUCAACAGAAAUAGCCAGACUACUCUCCUUUCGCGAUGAAUCAGCCACUCCUCUUUCGUAGUAUUCCGUGUCUAUCAUGAGAUGAAAUAUAUUCAGGGGGCAAGAAUCAUGACGGUGGUGUUAAAAGUUAGAACUAGUCUCUUCAUGCGUAAUCUGCAAUGUCUAGAAUCAAUAUAUGUACGAGAGACUGCAUGGCAGGAUUGAGGUUUGAGACUGUAUAUUCCGAUUUUAUUAGAUUUGCUUUAUUUACUGGCUGGUAUAAGAAUGACAUAUGCAGAAUGGAUUUUAAUUUCAAGUAACUAUGACCACAAAAACGAUAAAUUAUAUUGAUUGA